UUUUCAUUAGUACAUAAUUAAGUCCACGAAUCUCGUCUCCGAGUUCUCCCGAUGUUUCUCGGCGAUCGAGUUCUUUAUUCCUCGUCAAAACCCUUCACCCUCUUCACCGUCGAGAGAUUUUGUUGUUCCGAAAUUGGAUAUCCACAAAGUAGAAUUAUAAAAGGGAGUUGUUUAAUACUCCGAAAUGAUAUUGUCGAACGGCCUUUCUUGUGCUAUAUCAUCUUGCUUUCCUCUUCGAUUUCAGGAUGUGAGCAGCAUUUUGGAGGUUCCAGACAAUCAGGUUUCUGUGGACCCCAAUCACGUUGGGAGCAUCAUUUUCGAGCCCUUAGAUUUAAAAGAAGAGGUCCGAGACAAUGAGAAUGCUGUGCUGUUUCUAUGUGAUACUGCGAGUGAACAAGAUGCAGAGGAAACCAUGGUGCUCGAGCACUCUGGGAAUCUCGAGUUAGGUGGUCUACAUAGUGGAGAUGCACCUACAAUUGCUACAACUGCAGUUGGCCAGAUGCUGAAUGUAGGAGAACUUUUAAAGCAAUCAUCUGAUUCUGCUGCAGUUUGACAUCUGGCGCACUUUGACUGGCAAUUUCAAAGGGCAGACAGGGAAGGAAAGCACAAAACAUACUGCAGUAAGCUCUUCUUUUUUAUUAAUAACAAGCAAUUCAAUGGAAUUGUUUGCAUGAGCUUUUCAUCGAUGUUUUCAGAUAAAUCUAGCUCAUAAUCUGCGUCUCAAGUUGGUCUCGACUGAUGUGCUUAUCACUGCAUAUGUACCAAUAAUAAUAAAGCUUUACUUUUGUGUCAAAUUAAUUCUAGUCUUAUUGACCGAACUCUCAUCUUAAGAGUGAAUAACAUCAUUCAAGAAUUGUAUCUCUUUCUUUCUGUAAGUCUAGCCCCCUUAGUGAGACCGCUAAGACUGUAGGAGCCAGCCCAGCUGUACUUGCUAGACAAGUAGGAUGCUUGCUUGUGGCCAAGGUCUUCAGAUUUGCUAUCACACACUAUAAGAUCCAUGGUUGCAGCCUUUUCGUUUCAGGAGCUUGAGCAAAUGCAGCUAUGCAAUAUAUGGCUGUUGUGUGUGUACAGCUUUUAACCCCCUUUUCUCUAAUGUUUCUUUUGGAGUUUGAUGAUGUUUAUGUUUGUGAAUCUAAUUUUGGGGUGACAUAUUGUUACUCCAACUUUACCUUCCUACCUAUAAUGAAAUUGUUUACGAAUUCCAGCAAUUCUCAACUGUUUUAAGAGUGCCCUACACUGAAAGCCUCUCAAAUUCCUUUCAUAUGACAACAAGCAUGUCCUUCAAUAGGAAGAACUGCCAUUAUCAGUGGGAGGCCGUCUGAAACGGUAAAAGCUGCACCGACGCCUGAUGUUUAAGUGUUUCAUUUAUCUCUCCGCAACUUCAAUUGAGUUAUCUAUGUUGCAAUAGCUGACAAAAAUUUCUCCAUAUGUCGAGAUUCUUCCCCCCCUAUCUAAUGGACUUUCUCUUCAUGUCAUUUGCUUGUCAAAUGUUGCAAAUUGUGUAUUAGAUAAUGAUUGUUUGAAAAAAUUGUGUAUUAGAUAAUGAUUGUUUGAAAAUUUUGUGUAUUAGAUAAUGAUUGUUUGAAAAAAUAAUGUCGAAAAAAAAAAAAACCAACCUUGGAAGUUUGUUUCAGGCCAAACAAGUGCAAGAAAGAUUACUUGUUGCCCUUUCCGGCUUAGCAGUCUAGUUAUUUGAUGGUCUUAAUAUUCUGAGUGGCACCUUUGAAUCUUUUAAGAAUAUGUGAUGUUAGUGUUACUAUAAUAUGCGAUUGAACACAGAGGACUCUCUCGGCGCAUGUUUUAGCAGAUGCAAGUGAAAUUCUUUUAGCAGAAAUCAAUGUAUGGCUUGGUAAUUAUUUCUGGUACAAUUCUAGUGUUGGAACAUAUUCUUAGUGUCUGUAUAUUU